GCUGUCGCGAGCAAGGAUAUUGUUGUCUAUGCAUAGAGAUUGAAAGUGGCUGUAAGUGUAUUACGACUGCUGAAAACUUAACAAUCACAGCCUUUAUUGUGUUAUCCUUUCUGAUGUCUAGUUCUGGGUAAAAUCGACAUUGCUCAUCACCUGCAAGAAAUAAGAUCUCAAGCUGAAGGGUAGUCUGUGUCCCGCCUGCGUGGCGCAUUCUAUGGACUGUCCGAAUGGCGGCAUUGCCGGCUUCGGGGGCGGCUGCGGCGGCGGUGGCAGCGGCGACAGCGUCACGAACGGCAGCAUCACCAGCGGCCACAGCCGCCACGGCCGCAUCGCCGGCGAGCCGCCGAGCGAGGCGCUCUCCCGCUCCACCAUCCUGACCAAGGCCAAGCCGUUCCCGGUCAUGGGCGAGCGAACCAAGAGCGUGCACGUGCCGCACGUGGUGGUGACGGUCGGCCUGCCGGCACGCGGCAAGACAUACAUGGCACGCAAGCUGGCCAGGUACCUCAACUGGACCGGCAUCAAGACGAAAGUGUUCAACGUGGGCGAGUACCGGCGUCAGGCCACGUCCCAGUACAAGAACCACGACUUCUUCCGGCCCGACAACGAGGAGGCGAUGGCGAUCCGCAUGAAGUGCGCGCUGGACGCGCUCGAGGACGUGCGCCACUGGCUGGACGAGACCGGCGAGGUGGCGGUAUUCGACGCCACCAACACCACGAUUGAGCGGCGCCGCAUGAUCUUCGACAUCUGCACCCAGAAGCUCGGCUACAAGUGCUUCUUUGUCGAGUCGGUGUGCGAUAAUCCCCUCAUCGUCGAGUCCAACAUCCUGGAGGUCAAGCUGACCAGUCCGGACUACCUGGACUGUGACAAGGAGACGGCGCUGCAGGACUUCCUGCAGCGCAUCGACCACUACAAGGCGUGCUACCAGACCAUCGACGAGGUCAAAGAGUCCGUGCUGAGCUUCAUCAAGAUCUUCAACGCCGGCGAGAAGGUGCUGGUGCACAAGCACGAGGGCCACCUGCAGGCUCGCAUCGUGUACUACCUGAUGAACAUCCACAUCAUGCCGCGCACCAUCUACCUGACCCGGCACGGCGAGUCCGAGUACAACCAGCUGGGCAAGAUCGGCGGCAACUCGCGCCUGUCGGUGCGCGGAGAGCGGUACUCCGAGGCGCUGGCCAACUACAUCCACGACCAGAAGAUAGAUGGCCUGCACGUGUGGACCAGCUGGAUGCUGCGCACCAUCCAGACGGCGCAGCACAUCCGCGCGCCGCAGGAGCGCUGGAAGACGCUGGACGAGAUCAACGCCGGCACCUGCGAGGAGAUGACGUACGAGGAGAUCCAGGAGAAGUUCCCCGUGGACUUCGCCGCCCGCGACCAGGACAAACUCCGGUACCGGUACCCGCGCGGCGAGAGCUACGAGGACCUGGUGGCGCGGCUGGAGCCGGUCAUCAUGGAGUUGGAGCGGCAGGAGAACGUGCUGGUGAUCGGCCACCAGGCGGUGCUGCGCUGCCUGCUGGCCUACUUCCUCGACAAGCCGGCAGAGGAGCUGCCCUACCUGCACGUGCCGCUGCACACCAUCAUCAAGCUGAAGCCGACGGCGUACGGCUGCGAGGUGGACUAUAUCAAGGUGCCCAUCGACGCCGUCAACACGUACCGCGGCCGGCCCAAGGUGGUGAGCCUGUCGCGCUCGUACGAGGACGCCAUGGAGACGCUGCCGUUCCACUUCUGAGGAGACCGCCACCGGCUGCGCCCCGCCAGCCACUCUGCCUCUCCGCCACGCGGGCACCGGACGGCCUGUCUCCCGGCACGAGCACACGCACUGAGGCCGGGCCCGUGCCGGACGCGGCCUGUGGGCUGUAAUGUCCAAGCCCGCGGCUCGGCUCGUCCCGGUCCGGCCGGGGACCGCCCUGCUGAGGCCGACCGUCGCGGGCGACGGCCCGUGUCGGGGGCGCCGCCCGGCGGCCCCCAGAGACCGCCGCCCUCGCCGGAUCUUCCGCAGUACAAACGGCACAGAUCGGACAGGUGAUGGGGUGUGUUGGUGCAGUCGUCUUGGAGAACGCCACCGACCACGGCUCACAGUGUUCUUGCCACAUAUCACAAGUCUUGUCUUGUUCAACUUCUUGGCUUCCGUGGACUGAGUGCCGACUUUGAAUGCAGCGUUGGGUGCCGUCGUUGCUGAAGGGUGUUUUUGCUGGGUGUACGCUGCCCUCUGUCUGUUAAGGAAAGCGUCGAUUCUUAUAUUACAACCUGUCUCUCCAUCCGAUGAAAACACCUUGGGUAUGUUCGUGCGGAGUUACGUUUGGGGCGGCUCGAUGAAUGCGUACGUAUACUGAUAAGUUUCGUCUUUAUAUUUAUAUUGUAUCAUGCCGAACCAAGCUGGCUGGACAAGCGCACGGUUUAUGUGAUGUUCUAGGCCGCGUGACGAUUGUUGGGGAUGGGCUUCGCCUGAUCUAUCGCUGGAUCACCACCGUGAUAUGGGCCGUGCGGUAUUGCAACUGGUGACCGAAGGUAUUUUUGUAAGUGCGGUUGUCUGACGACGGGUGGUGCGUGCCUCGGUAUGCUAGCAUGCGCCAUUAUUUGGUCCGUGGGAAGCAAGAUGCAUGUCUUAACGGGGUUGUAGCUACGAUGGACAAAACAUUCCUCCGUUCUGUGGUGCAUACCCCUACAUGAGGUGAUAAAUGUGUGGCUCGAGAGCGUUGUCCUGGGUGCGGCUGUUCAAACGUCCGCUUUUCUGUGGAACAUAUGGUAAUAAAUACGUCUUAAUGAA